UUCAAAUUUAAUGAAGAAUUUUGUAUGGGUUCAGGCCUUGCAGGGAAAGAGGAGCAGUGAGCCCUUAUCUCCCGUUGGAAAGGGAUUAGGGAACAGUCAGAUUAGAGGGUUUUGGUGAUCGGAUGGUUGCUAAAGUACUAUAUGAACAUUGGUUAUGAGGGUUGCUUAAAUCUUCUAAGAAAAAUGGGUCUUUGUCUUGUUUUACUCUGGAAAAGAUUAAUUGGGUGAUAAGAGGACAGUUGAAUCCUUUGGAAAAUUGUGAAACAGAGAAUGGGGAGUGUCUUGCUGCAAAUGAAACCAUGACAUCCAAUGAAGAUGAUGAUAUAUCAAGCCUUAAAACAGCUUUGAGGUUCUUGGAUGUUGAUUUCUUUAACGAUUCAAAGCUCCGGGAAAUGGUGAAGGGUGCAGAGGAGUUAAAUGUACCUGCUUUUAGAGACAUCCGCAAGCUAGUUGCUUCAACCAAUGGGGGAUUGCAUGAUCCAUAUCCAUUAGUUUUCCACCCAAGCUGGGUAGGUGCUAAGGGAGUGCCUUCAAAUUGUGAACUAUACAAAUUCCCAAGAAUCUCUGGUGUACAAAGGCCCCAAAGAAAUGAGGAUAUCGCUUUCAUGACUGUUUUGGAGCUUGGAGCACUAAUUAGGACUAAACAAAUCACAUCUAGGGAGCUCACUGAUAUUUUUUUGCAAAGAAUGAAGAGGUAUGAUAAUAUAUUAGAAGCAGUGGUUACCUUUACAGAAGAGCUAGCAUACAGUCAGGCUGAAAGGGCUGAUGAUUUACUGAAGGAGGGUACAUACUUAGGUCCACUCCAUGGCAUUCCUUAUGGUCUAAAAGAUAUAAUUGCAGUCCCCGGCUAUAAGACAACUUGGGGUUCAAGGACCUUUAAAGAUCAAGUUCUGGACAUGGAGGCCUCAGUCUACAAAAAAUUAAGAUCUGCUGGCGCAGUCCUCAUAGCAAAGCUUGCUACUGGAUCUCUGGCAUAUGAUGACAUCUGGUUUUUGGGAAGGACAAGAAACCCUUGGAAUAUUGGAGAAUUCUCUACUGGUUCCUCAGCUGGACCUGCUUCAGGCACCUCUGCAGGCCUUGUCCCCUUCGCCAUUGGUUCAGAAACAGCUGGUUCUAUAUGUUUUCCGGCUGCUCGCUGUGGGGUCACUGCAAUACGCCCAACAUUUGGAACAGUUGCCCGUACUGGUGUUAUGAGUAUCUCUGAGAGCUUGGAUAAACUUGGUCCUUUCUGCAGAAGUGCAUCAGAUUGUGCUAUCAUUUUGGACAUCAUUAGAGGGAGAGAUCAAGAUGAUCCCUCAUCAAGAGAUGUAUUCUUUGAGGAUCCUUUUUCUAUUAACAUCUCUAAACUUAGAGUUGGUUACCUCCCUGAUGCUGAGGUGGAGGUUGUACACGUUCUUGCUUCAAAGGGUGUCAAUAUGGUCCCUUUCAAUCUUACAUACACAGUGAAGACAGCCCAAUCCAUUCUAAAUUUUACAAUGGAUGUUGAUAUGUUAAGCCACUUUGAUGAAUGGCAACGAGCUGGAGGAGAUGAUGAAUAUGAAGCACAAGAUCAGUGGCCAGUGGAACUUCGACGUGCACGUUUGAUACCUGCAGUUGAUUACGUGCAGGCUCAUAGAGCACGUGGGAAAUUGAUAAAAGAGGUUCGAGAAAGCUUUACAGUUGAUGCAUUUGUGGGCAAUGCAACUGAUUGGGAGAGAGUUUGCAUGGGCAACCUGGUGGGCCUUCCGGUCAUUGUUAUCCCUACUGGAACAAAGAACAUUACAGACCCACCAAAAGGUGGAACUCAUCGAAGGACUACAGUCACUACUGGGAUAUUUGCACCACCCCAUCGUGAUUCAGUGGCCCUGGCACUUGCAAUGGCUUAUCAGUCGGUCACUGACCACCAUAAGCAGCGGCCACCAAUUGACGAAGAAGAGACCUCAUAUUCCGAUGAAUCGUUCAUUGGGGAAUGAUCGUGUAGAAUCGACGUCGGGUUCCUAAUCUGAAUUUGUUAUGUAGUCCGAGCACGAUCAAACUCUAGAAGAAAUCCCAUUGGAAAUUGGUUCUUUUUUUUUUUUUGGUUGCUACUUGUUCUGUGGGAUAGUAAACUUGGAUCAUCAAAAGUGCUUCUAUGUAAUUUGGUGCACCUUGUUCUGUGGGGAGAAAGAGCUAUUUCAGAUGAUUUAUUUGGUAGGUUCUUUGAGCUAUUUCAGAUGAUGUAUUUGGUAGGUUCUU